AUGGCGUCAUCCCUUCCCGCUGCUAAGCAGCAGCUGAGGAGUCUCAUCAAGCAGAAGCUGUCCAAGAUCGCCCAGGACUCCAUUACUACCCAGAGCCGCUGUAUUUUUGAGACUUUGAAAGAAUUUCAGCCCUACAAGGAUGCUCGACGCAUCAGCAUCUAUCUGGCCAUGCCAACAGCUGAGGUCCAGACAGAUGCCAUUGUUCGCCAUGCACUGGCUGCUGGCAAGCAGGUUUUUGUUCCAUACCUUCACAAGUCGCCUUUCCAAACUCCCGAUACUCCAUCCCGAGUAAUGGAUAUGGUCCAUCUGGAGAAUGUUCAGGACUAUGAGAGCCUCAAGCUCGACAAGUGGGGGAUCCCCAGCGUGGACCCUACCACUGUUGAUUCUAGGAAGCGCAUCCUAGGCGGCUCUGAUGCUGAGCAAGCUAUUCUGGACUUCAUGGUUGUCCCAGGCGUCGCGUUCGACUUUGAUGAAUCAGGGUCAAUACGACGCCUCGGCCACGGCAAAGGAUUUUAUGACUUCUUUAUCAACAGGUACAUGGCUAAGCUUGAGAACAAGGGCAUCGCGAAUGAGAAUCCGCUGCAACUGUACGGGUUGGCUUUGACAGAACAAAUGGUCCCUGCGACAUCGGAGCACCAGAUUCCGACAGAUACCCAUGACCGUAGACUCAACGGACUCAUCAUUGGUAAUGGUGAGAUCAAGGCUGGGGUUCAUGGAGUUUCAACUUCACGAUAUCCACAGCAAGAUCUAUAA